AUGGAACCCCCGGCGGCGAAGGAGGCGCCGCCGCCGCCGCUGCCGCCCGCGGCGGAGGAGGACGCGAUGCUCUCUGCGACGGCGGCCAUGGCGAAGGAAGCCGCUUUAGCGUUCCAGGGCCGCCGCUACGCCGACUGUGCCGUGUUGCUCACGAAGUUGCUGGACAAGAAAGAGGGCGAUCCCAAGGUCCACCAUAACAUGGCUAUCACCGAAUCCUUCUUGGAUAGUUGUCCUGAUUCAAACAGGCUGCUUAAAAUUCUUGGUGAUGUUAAGAGAAGAAGUGAAGAGCUUGUAUGUGCAUCUAGAGAACAAGCUGAUUCUGCCAAUGGGGUAGGAAACAAUGCUCCUUCAGGAUCAAGAGGGAGUGGUAUUGUACUACCUUUUUCUGCUACACAUAACGCAUCAACUUAUGGGGAUGAGUUUGACACGACCAUAAUUACAUUCAACACGGCUGUCAUCCUAUAUCAUCUUCAUGACUAUGAAUCUGCACUAUCUGUUUUGGACCCGUUGUACCGAAACAUUGAACCAAUGGAUGAGACAACUGCUCUUCAUGUAUGCUUUCUAUUAUUGGAUAUUACAUUAGCUUUGCAAGAUGCAACAAAGGCUGUGGACAUAAUACAAUACUUGGAAAGGUCAUUUGGAGUAGCUAACACAAUGAACCCGAAUGAAAAUGUAAGCAUACCUCAGCAGCAAUUAGCUCAACCGAAGCCUCCUGCCAGAAUUAACAUGCCUCCAGAUUCUGAUUCAAAUGCUUAUGCUGGUGGAUACGAGAACCUUUCAGCGGGAAUUUUCCCAGAUGAUCAAAUAGAAUUUGAAUCUCUGUACUCUACUUUUGAUGGACAUCAGAAUUUGGGCAGGCGUAUCUUGAAUGAUUUCUCAAGGGCAUCGGCUGAUCUCGCUGCUACUGCUGCUGAUUUGAAAGUUAGACUUCAGAUUUACAAGGUCCGGCUUCUACUGCUCACUAGGAACCUUAAAGUUGCGAAGCGAGAACUCAAAGUACUAAUGAACAUGGCACGUGGUAGGGAUUCAUCUACAGAGCUUCUCUUGAAAUCUCAGCUGGAGUAUGCCCGGGGGAAUUAUAGGAAGGCUGUGAAGCUAUUGAGCACACCGAAUAAUCGGACUGAACCAGCAAUGCUAGCCAUUUUCUACAACAACCUGGGAUGUAUACUCCACCAACAGAGAUCGUAUCACACCUCUAUAUGGUGCUUUAGCAAAGCACUAAAAUACAGCUUAUCACUUCGUUCAGAGAAACCAAUGAAGCUGUCUGCAUUAUCACAAGACAAGUCUUGCCUUAUUUCAUACAACUGUGGUAUCCAACAUUUGAUGUGUGGGAAGCCUUUGUUAGCAGCUUCUUGUUUUCGUGAGGCCAUGCCGCUCUUCUACAAGCGACCCCUUUUCUGGCUCCGUUUUUCCGAGUGUAGUCUGCUAGCUCUAGAAAAGGGUAUCCUGUGUGCAAAUGGUGCUUCUUCAUGCAACGAUGAGAUUGAAAUCAAUGUUGUGGGGUCAGGACAAUGGCGGCAGUUGAUUGUCAACCCUGUGAACUUGAGAAAUAAUUUUGAUUCUGCAGGUGUGACUUCAGGCGAACAUAAAAAUUUGGUUUCACUUGGAUUUGCUAGACAGUGUCUACUCAAUGCGCUGCUAUUAUUGGAUGCUACUGAGCAGGAAAAUUCGGUAAUCGCAUCUAACACAGAGGAUUGCAACCAAGGAGCAGUACAAGGAUAUAAAAGCUCAGGUCAGAAGAGCACUGCAAGUACAGAUUCUAAAUCACCUUCUGGCCCAACUCUAGCUAAUGUAAAUGGAGAACAAAAGGGAACGAGCUUGAAUGCUACCUGGCAGAGUUCUCUUGCUUUGCAUGAUGAGAUAUGUAGAAAAGAGAACCUCAAAAUCAGACAGGCCAUCCUGGGGAACUUGGCGUUUGUUGAAUUGUGUCUUGAGAAUCCCUUGAAAGCUUUGUCUUAUGCAAAGUCAGUACUGCAGCUGACAGACUGUUCCAGGAUGUAUGUAUUCCUCAGCCAUGUAUACGCAGCUGAAGCUCUGUGUACUUUGAACAGACCAAAGGAUGCUGCUGAGAAGCUAUCAGUUUAUAUAAGAGAUGGCAAUGAUAUCGAGUUGCCGUAUAAUGUGGAGAACUCUGAAAAGGCCUUAGUUGAGAGAGACAGUGAUGGUGAAGACUCGGUUGCUCCUUCAGUGACAAAACUAGCCACAGAAGAAUCUGAGCACUCAGAGAGCCUCAGGCCCGAGGAGGCCCGUGGUGUUCUGUAUAUUGACCUUGGCAUGACUGCUGCAAUGCAGGGAGAAGUUGAGCAGGCCAACUACAUGGUGAGCCGUGGCCUGGCGAUGUUGCCCAACAACCCCCGGGCAGUGCUAGCAUCAGUUUACAUAGACCUUUUGCAAGGGAAGUCCCAGGAGGCUGUUGGGAAGUUGAGGCAGUGUAGGAAUGUGAGAUUUAGACCCGGUAGCAUAGCUGCCAGCAGCUGA